UUAUAGGACUUCCGGUUUCUUCAGUGGGUGGAGUUUCAGAUGUUAAAGUAAUUUGGAAAUGUGGGUGACGCAUUUGGUAUUGUGCAGAUUCAUAUAGUUUUAAAAUUUGAGGACUGCACAGUAGUUGUUAAACACGUUGUACAAUAAAUGUAAUACUCGCCCUCUAAACUCAAACGCUUUUCGAGCGCUGAUGUGGAGAAGCGCAUGCGCAGUAUUUUGGCGCGGUACUUUCGAAUUACAGUAAUUACAGAGGAUGGCUGCAGAUGAGCUUGUUGAGAAAUUACGGGGGUUACAUCUUAAUGCUCCUGGGGAUGUCUGGGUGGAUACGGUAUGGGAGCUUGACUUCACUGAUACAGAGCCACUGGAUUCUCGAAUAGUGGAAGAUAUUACUGAGAAUGGAGUGGAAGUGUUCAGCAAGUUAUAUGAAAAAUUGCUUCCGUUUGCCAGUGAAGACCAGGGAACAACUGAGAGUGUUUGGUCAGUGCUUAAGGAGAACAACUUGUCCCAGAAUGCACUUGUUGCCAUUCUUCACCAUUUUGUAGUGCUGGUUCGCAAGAAAAAGGCCACACUUAUGCAACGAGAAUAUGCCCUUCAUGCAGCUGGACUUUACUUUCUGCUUCUUGAGAUUCCAGGCAGUGUGGCUAAUAAGGCUUUUCAUCCAGUGUUGUUUGAAAAAUGCCUUGAUGCACUGAGGAAGAGCUGGCCAGCUGAAAUGGAUUUAAGUCGAAAGCGAAAAAAGGAUGUAGGAAAGUCAUCCCAAAGUGAUCCAAAAGGAAGGAAGCGUAAUAAACCAGUGAGGAGGGAGAAACCUGAUAUGGAAGAUAUGUUUGAUGAAGAGGACGAGGAGGGAGGAGACCAAGAGGAUGUUUAUUUUACAACACACGAUAUUCUCAGAAUUAGAAAUACCAUCUUUGUGAUGCUGAAGAAUUUCCUGAGGUUGCUUUCCAAGUUUCCAAUGAAAGAGAAGCCACAGUGUGUUGUUCAUUGUCUGCAGAUUUUUAUUGAAUUGACCAGAAUAGAGCCUGCCAUUGGACAAAUGCAUUUUACAGAGUCUUCAAAUGUGAGUCGAAUGAGAUCUAUUCCAGAACUGGCUUACCACGGGCUCAAGAUGCUUUGUCUGCCAAUGCAUGGAGAAGGUGAUCAGACCGUGCGUCGUGUUUUCCAUCGCAUCUUGAAUGUGAUUCUGAUGAUGGGAGGUGAAGAAGGUUCAACCCCUACAGCUUUAGCCAUUUCCCAGCAAGUUGUUAAUGCCAAACAUCAUGCCGUUCGAUUUGUCAGUUGUAUCGUGGAAGAGAUGAAAGAUCGUGCUCUACCCAUACUUCGUAUUCUGCUACAGCAUAUUUGUACCAAGGUCGUGGAUAAACAGGAAUAUCGUAUGCAUGCAUCCCAGGCCCUGGUAAAGCUAUUGCAGAAGUUGCCUUCUCCAGAGUAUGCUUCAUUUAUCGACUGGCUUUACAAAUAUUCUCAGAACACCAAGAUUGCAUACAGAGCAUUUGCCCUGGAUGUGGUCAUUGCGUUGUUAGAGUUACCAGAGAGAGAGAUUGACGAGUCUGUUCCUCAAGAGCAUCAGAAGUACCUACAGCAUAAAUUCCUGAUACAAGUUAUGAUUUUUGGCCGCUGUUCAGACAGAGCACCCACUGUUCGCAGCAGAGCUCUCACCUGUCUUUCUCAGUGUUUGGAGAAUAAAGGAAAUGGAGCCUUAGGAAGUGUACAGGAAAUGCUACAAGGGAACUUAACCCAGCUUUCAUCAGUGGUAAAUAGUACUGAGAACACAAAUAUUAACCCAGAAGCAAUCUCCAAUGUUCAUAGAAAGACUGGCACAUUAAAAACAAUUGAGAUAUCAUCUGCUGAAGCAACUUCCUCUGAUGGAAAAGAGGUCAUUUCUAUGCUGAGACUUCGAACAGGUGAUGAGAAAACCAAUGUCAGAAAAUCAGCCCUGCAGGUCUUCAUGAGUAUUUUAAAGUUUGGUGUGAUCCCCUGUACUUCAGAAGAUUUAUCUACUCUCCAGGAUCGGUGUAGAGACCCUGCUGUUUCCGUUAGGAAACAAGCACUGCAAUCACUGACAGAACUGCUUGUGGCUCAGCCAGGGAAUGUAAUGGUGCAGAAAGCUUGGCUAACUGGUGUGGUCCCUGAAGUAAUUGAUACUGAAAGCUCUGUACAGGAAAAAUCACUUGAAUGCCUUGACCAAGUAAUACUUCAACAUAUCAAACACUUCAGCAAAUACCGAAAUGACGAUUCCAUUCAAAAACUAGCCUGGGACCUCCUUGCCCUCUUAACUGCUGAAUGUCAAGAGCUCAGUCGUUAUUUAACCAAAGCAUUUUAUAUAUGGGCCAAACAAGAUAAGUUCUCUGCUACCUUUAUAAACAACUUGAUUUCACACACUGAGUCGGAGCAUUCACCUGCUGCAUGGAUGAUUCUCGCAAAGGUUGCAGGUUGUUCACCAAAACUUAACUAUGGAAAAAUAUUGGAGACAUGGGAAGACAUCUGCAGGCACAAGAACAGUGAUGCUAACAAUGUCACAACAGGCCAUGUGCUUUCUGUAAUUGGACAUAUUGCUAAACAUGUGCCAGAGACUACCAGAGACAAGCUGACCGAAGAUAUAAAGACGUGGUUGAAGAACUUCCAUUCAUCACCUGAAGUAAUCAGUCCAGCUGCUGAAGCUCUGUAUAAACUCUGUCAGGCACAGUCCGACUCAAUUGAAACAUGCCAGGUUAGGUACCUUUUUACUCUGGGGGAAGUUGCACAACUUUGUCCUUCCAAAGUGGAAAAGAGAGUCUUCCUUCUGGUGCAUUCUAUACUCGCUUCUUCAAUUAAUGUUAAUCCAGCUUACAAUCCAGUUGAUGGAGAGGAUCCACCUGUUACUCAACCUCUGUCACAGUUCAGUGGAUCUGCAAUGCCAUCAGUUGUUCGAGCACAUGCUUUUAUAACUCUUGGUAAACUUUGUCUGCAACAUGAUGCCUUGGCAAAGAAGUGUAUUGCUGCUUUGGCUAGGGAGCUAGAGGUUUGUGAGGAUGUUGCCAUUCGUAACAAUGUGAUCAUAGUGAUGUGUGACCUCUGCAUACGUUAUACAACCAUGGUAGAUCGUUACAUUCCUAACAUUGCUGUGUGCCUCAAAGACCCAGAGCCCUUCAUUCGGAAACAGACCCUCAUCAUGCUCACUAACCUUCUGCAGGAAGAAUUUAUAAAAUGGAAAGGCUCCCUCUUUUUCAGAUUUGUCAGCAUUCUUGUUGAUCCAGAUCCCAGCAUUGCAAGUUUUGGGGAAUUCUGUUUAGUCCACCUUCUACUAAAAAGGAAUCCAGUUAUGUUCUCCCAGCACUUUAUUGAAUGCAUUUUUCAUUUUAAUGGCUAUGAAAAGCAUGAGCAAUACAACAAAUUCAGUCAGACUGAGCGGGAGAAGAGGUUGUUUUCUUUGAAAGGAAAUGCAAACAAAGAAAAGAGAUCGAAGAUAUACAAAUUUCUUUUAGAUCAUUUCACGGAUGAGCAAAGAUUCGACAUUACCACUAAAAUCAGUCAAAAUGUUUUGGUAUGUUUUGUAGAUGGAAUUCUUUCUUUGGAUAUGGAAGCUAGUGAUUUGCUUUCAGAUACCUUUGAUGUUUUAAGCUCUAAGGAGAUUAAACUGUCAGCAAUGCGAACAAAACCUGGAGAGGAGGUUGCAGUGGAAGAUGAUGAAAUGGCCAUGGCUAAUGUUGUUAUUGAAGCAGCUCAAAAGAAAUUAAUUUCACAUGUCCAAAAGAAGAACUUCAUUGAAAAUGUCAUUCCUAUCAUCACAUCCCUAAAGGGCAUGCUUGAACAGAAAAAGUUGCCAGCUCUGCAGGAUCUUAUGAAUUAUCUUCGGGAAAUGAUGCAGGAUUAUCGAAAUGAAAUUAAAGAUAUCUUUGCUGCUGAUAAGCAGCUAGCUGCUGAAAUUGAAUAUGAUAUGCGAAAAUAUGAAGAGCAGCUAGAGAGGGAGAAAGAACAAGAAAAUCAGAUUACUGAACUGAAUACUGAUGUAGCAAAUGUUCCAGGAACACCACAGCAAUCCCCUCGACGAUCACUGGCAUCUUCUCCAUCUGUCCGUACUAGAAGUGUGCCCAAGUCUCCUGCAGCUGCAAGACAUCCUCCAGUUGCUGUUACCCCACAAAACAAACGUCUUGUACCAUCCAUUUUAUUUACUUCACCUAAGCAGGGAACACUGAAAACUGCUGGAGGCAAAGAAAGACGUUUGUCACUGAGUACAAUUGCCAUACUGAAUUCGGCUAAAAAGGCAGUGGAAUGUACUCAAAGCCAGAGAAGCAAGAGCACUGGGGCUUUAAUAAGAUCACCUUCAAAAGGAUGCACUACUCCAGUUAAACAAGUUUCGUUCCAAAGUACCCAAGGUCAGUCAUCCGACAGAACAGAUACAGGAGGUGGAAGAGCAAUUAGUACUCCUGACAAUACUAUUAACAACGUAACCUUUGGAGCAGGAGUAAGCUAUAUCAGUAUGAAUCAGACGCCAUCUUCCUUAAAAGGCAAGGAAGCUUCCCAAGCAGAGGCGAAAAACGUACUUUACUUAAUGUCACCAGACAAACCGACUCCACGACCUGCUCAGUGGAAUGUGGAAUCUCCUAUUUCAAGAAAAUGUGACCCUCAUCAAAGAAGGAGAACUCGAAGCAAAACCCCAUUAAAACCAUCUAAUUAACCAGUGAAAUUAUUCUUUCAGAUACCUAUGGACACAGAAAGAAAUGUAAUAUAAACAGAUUUUAUUAAAUUCUCAACAGCUUUCACAGAAUUACUAUAUUUGGGUUUCUACUCACAGAAGCAGUAAUUUUACCAGCACAACAUGUUCUGUCAGUUAUUUCUGGUACUGUAAUAUAGAUUUAUUGUCACUAUUUAAUCUUUUAAAUAAAAUAACAUCUAUUUUAAUUUA